AACUGACACGACAGAACACACCACGAUGCUGCAGAGGCAAAGCGAGUCAGAGAAACUGUCUCAUUGAGACAGUCAGCUUAUUAGAAAACAGCUUGUGAAAGUUGGAGAUAAGGACUGAUUGGCAGCACACACAGACUUUGAUUGAGCCUGCAAGGAAGCUCACAUCACAGCCAUAGAUAGAGAAGUAGCACAGAUCCAGCCACAGAAGAAAAGCAGUCCUUCCGUAGACCAAGAAAGGAGGAGGAGACAGCCUCACCCACAGGCACAGAGACAGAGGGAAAGUCAGCGAGACAGCAAGGACAGAAACACCUGCAGAUAUGAUUCAGAGACAGCUCAACAGAAUGAGACAGCUGGCCAACCAUGGCCCAGGCAGAUCUCAAGAUGUCACCGAUAUGCUGACUGAGGACUUGCUGCAGGCAGACCAGCAGGUAGAACCAGUGAAAAAAGUGGCUCACCUUGUUGGAAAACGCUUGGCUAGCUGUAUGCAAGGCCCCCUAGGUUCCGACAUGGAGAAAAGACUGAAAAAGUUGGCCCUGAUGUCUCUUUCACUAGCAAUGGCUGAUUGUAUAAAGGAAAUUGACUUUGAGUCAAGUCUAAGGAGGACACUGGAGAUGGGUUGCUUCGUUGAGACCACACUGGCUCAAGAUUUGGCGGAGUUUGAAAUUUGCAUGGAGAGAGAUGUAUUACAACCACUAAACAAGCUUAGUGAGGAGGAAUUACCUGCCAUCCUAAAGCGCCGUAAACAGCUUCAGAAGUUGAUCACAGACUGGAACAAUACAAAAAGCAGAUUAUCUCAAGCUCAAAAGAAUAUUUCUGGGGGGCAGGGAGUAGGCAGCACAACAACCCCAGCCAAACUGGAAAGUCUCAAGGAGGAGGAAGAGGAGCUGAGGAGAAGACUCGAACAAAGCAAGGAUGAUUAUUUGUCCGACCUUUAUCACUUCUCCACCAAAGAAGAAGAAUAUGAGAAUUACUUCAUCAGGCUGCUAGAACUGCAAGCAGAGUAUCAUAAAAAGUCUCUUGCCCACCUGACUGAUACACUCAAAGAGGUCAGAGACACUUUAAAGGAAUCAGUUCGUUCCCCGGUGGAGAAGACCCCUGCAGAAGUUUAUGGAGUACCCCUGGAGACACAUUUGUCUAAGUUUGACUGUGAGAUAGCAGUUCCAAUAUCUGCCUGUGUCAAAAUGCUGCUAACAGAGGGAAUGCAUGAAGAGGGUCUCUUUCGAUUGGCUGCUGGAGCCUCAAUGCUGAAGAAACUCAAAGCCAGUUUAGGUGCAGGCACCAGUGAUCUGGCGGAAUUCACAUCUGAGCCUCAUGCUGUGGCAGGUGCCUUGAAAUCGUACUUGAGAGAACUUCCUGAACCUCUAAUGACCUCUGAACUCUUCGAUGAUUGGUUGAAAGCUGCCAGCAUCAAAGAGCCUGAGAAACGUGCAGAAAGUUACAAAGAGGUCUGCAAGCAGUUACCGGCUGAAAAUUAUAACAACCUCCGAUAUCUCAUUAAAUUUUUGGCAAAAUUGUCAGAGCAUCAAGAAGUGAAUAAGAUGACACCCAGUAACAUUGCAAUUGUGCUGGGUCCCAACCUGCUGUGGGCUAAGUGUAACGGAGAACCUUCAAUGCUAAAUAUGGCUUCGGCUUCCCCAAUAAUGGUAGUAAGUGUGGUUGAAGGCCUUAUUAACUGUGCUGCAGAUGUCUUUCCAGAAGAUAUUGAUUUUGGAGUUCCAGUGCCACCUACUCCCGUUUCCACUGAACAGCCCCCUCAGAAGCUUGACGAGCCAUCACAAGUCCAGAAUGUUUGCAAACCUGAAGAAACAUCCCCUCUUGCUUCCCCUGUAUCCACCAGUUCAGAGAGAGAAUGUGAGAACAUAACUGCAUCUCUAGAGGCAGUAACAAUAAAACCAACACCAUUAAAACCUCCACCUCCAUUUGAAGAAGGUAAUUCCACUAAUCCAGAUUCAGAAAUCAGUCCGAAUACCGCACGUAAAGUGAAAAGACCAGCUCCUCUACGUCCCAACAUGCCACCACCUAUACAGCCUCGUGUUUCCUCCAACACAGACAAUUUAGAAGAGAGCCGCAGCCCCAAACCCACGCCACGAAGAACCAUGGGAGGCAGCCUCAAAGCCCCUAGCAUUCCACCACCACACCCUCCACCACCAACUAAAGUUGCCAAUCCAAAAACUGAGGCAGUUAACACUGAUUCACCCGGGAAGGCCUUGCCCCCUACACCACUUCCCAGGAAUCGAAUCCAGUCCUCGGAUAACUGAAUUGAAUGUUGCCGCAUACCUUUCACUCUAGAACUGCACAAAAAUGCAAGGCAGCCGUAUGUACACUGGUACACAGUAUUACCGUCAGCAUUCUAUGACUAUGCAUCAUACAGUUAUGCACAGUCACAUCUGGACAAGUGUCACAAGACGUAAUAUGUUUGAAUUUGUUGUAAGCAGAGCUGUUAAACUAAUCGUAUUCAAAACAGAGUUUGGAGACUUUAUUAUGAACAAAAAGCAAAGAUUUUAUAAAUAUUCUAAUAUACUUAUUUUAAAUACA